GCGCGCGACGUCAGGAGCUUGGCCCCUGCGCUUUGCUGAUAUUCCGUCGGUCUUAAGGUUCCAAACAAGCUGCGUCUUUUGCCUUCGGCCGCUAAGAUCUCGCGAGAUUUACCGGGGGCUGCCCACGCCGCGCCUGCGCAGAUCUCUUCAGAGCAGAAGGUCGCUCUUGGAGGAAGUGGCCUCUUUGCGUCCCGUGACCGAAGCGCCGUUACUACUUUCUCGAAGCUCCCCUCGGCCGCUUGCCGGGACACCCCGCCGCCAAGAUGCCCCGGAUUAUGAUCAAAGGGGGCGUGUGGAGGAAUACGGAGGAUGAAAUUUUGAAAGCAGCGGUAAUGAAAUAUGGGAAAAACCAGUGGUCUAGGAUUGCCUCAUUGCUGCAUAGGAAAUCUGCAAAGCAGUGCAAAGCCAGAUGGUACGAAUGGCUGGAUCCAAGUAUUAAAAAAACUGAAUGGUCCAGAGAAGAGGAAGAAAAACUCUUGCACUUGGCCAAGCUGAUGCCAACGCAGUGGAGGACUAUUGCUCCGAUCAUAGGAAGGACAGCAGCCCAGUGUCUGGAACACUAUGAAUUCCUCCUUGACAAAACUGCCCAAAGGGACAAUGAAGAGGAAACAACAGAUGACCCCCGAAAACUUAAGCCUGGGGAGAUAGAUCCAAACCCAGAAACCAAGCCAGCCCGGCCUGAUCCGAUUGACAUGGAUGAGGAUGAACUUGAGAUGCUUUCUGAGGCUCGAGCCCGUUUGGCCAAUACUCAAGGAAAGAAGGCUAAAAGGAAAGCAAGAGAAAAGCAGUUGGAAGAAGCAAGGCGCCUUGCUGCCCUCCAGAAAAGACGAGAGCUUCGAGCAGCUGGCAUAGAGAUUCAGAAGAAAAGGAAAAAGAAGAGAGGAGUUGAUUAUAAUGCUGAAAUCCCAUUUGAAAAAAAGCCUGCUCUUGGUUUUUAUGAUACUUCUGAGGAGAAUUACCAGGCCCUUGAUGCAGAUUUCAGGAAAUUACGACAGCAGGAUCUUGAUGGGGAGCUAAGAUCUGAAAAAGAAGGAAGAGACAGAAAAAAAGACAAACAGCAUUUAAAAAGGAAAAAGGAAUCUGAUUUACCAUCAGCCAUCCUUCAAACCAGUGGUGUCUCUGAGUUUACUAAAAAGAGAAGCAAACUUGUGUUACCUGCCCCUCAGAUUUCAGAUGCUGAGCUCCAGGAAGUUGUCAAGGUAGGCCAGGCCAGUGAAGUUGCGCGGCAGACGGCGGAGGAGUCUGGGAUCACAAACUCUGCUUCUAGUACUCUCUUGUCUGAGUACAAUGUCACAAAUAACAGCAUCGCUCUGAGAACGCCACGGACACCAGCCUCCCAAGACAGGAUUCUACAGGAAGCUCAGAAUCUCAUGGCCUUGACCAAUGUGGAUACUCCAUUGAAAGGUGGGCUUAAUACCCCACUGCAUGAGAGUGACUUCUCUGGUGUGACCCCACAGCGGCAGGUUGUGCAGACUCCAAAUACAGUUCUGUCUACCCCUUUCAGGACUCCUUCUAAUGGCGCUGAAGGGCUGACUCCCCGGAGUGGAACAACCCCUAAGCCAGUCACUAAUGCCACCCCAGGUAGAACACCACUUAGAGACAAGUUAAACAUUAAUCCAGAGGAUGGGAUGGCAGACUACAGUGACCCCUCUUAUGUGAAGCAGAUGGAAAGAGAAUCUCGUGAACAUCUCCGUCUAGGGUUGUUAGGCCUCCCUGCGCCGAAGAAUGAUUUUGAAAUUGUUCUACCAGAAAAUGCUGAGAAGGAACUGGAAGAACGUGAGAUAGAUGAUACCUACAUUGAAGAUGCUGCUGAUGUGGAUGCUCGAAAGCAGGCCAUACGAGAUGCUGAGCGUGUAAAGGAAAUGAAACGAAUGCACAAAGCUGUUCAGAAGGAUCUACCCAGACCGUCUGAAGUAAAUGAAACUAUUUUAAGACCUUUAAAUGUAGAACCACCUCUCACAGAUUUACAGAAGAGUGAAGAACUGAUCAAAAAAGAAAUGAUUACAAUGCUUCAUUAUGAUCUUCUACAUCACCCCUAUGAACCAUCUGGAAAUAAAAAAGGAAAGAAUGUCGGGUUUGCUACCAACAAUUCAGAGCACAUUACCUAUCUUGAGCAUAGCCCUUAUGAGAAGUUCUCCAAAGAAGAUCUGAAAAAGGCCCAGGAUGUUCUGGUACAGGAGAUGGAAGUGGUAAAACAAGGAAUGAGCCAUGGAGAACUCUCCAGUGAAGCUUACAACCAGGUGUGGGAGGAGUGCUACAGUCAAGUCCUCUAUCUUCCUGCUCAGAGCCGCUACACCCGGGCUAAUCUUGCUAGCAAAAAGGACAGAAUUGAAUCACUUGAAAAGAGACUUGAGAUAAACAGGGGUCACAUGACAACAGAAGCCAAGAGAGCUGCAAAGAUGGAAAAGAAGAUGAAAAUUUUGCUUGGUGGUUACCAGUCUCGUGCCAUGGGGCUCAUGAAACAGUUGAAUGACUUAUGGGACCAGAUUGAGCAGGCUCACUUGGAGCUACGCACUUUUGAAGAACUCAAGAAACAUGAAGACUCUGCUAUUCCCCGGAGGCUAGAGUGUCUAAAAGAAGAUGUGCAGCGGCAACAGGAACGAGAGAAAGAGCUUCAGCAGAGAUACGCGGAUUUGCUGAUGGAGAAAGAGACUUUACAGGCAAAGUUCUGAAGCACAGUUGAUGCUCUGCCACCGGAGAACUAGUUCAGCAAGGCUAAAACUGACCUUUCUCUUCAUUGACAAAGUUACCCAGCACCUGUGGUUUCUCAGUUGUUUGCUUUGAAUGAUACUGAUCUUGCGCGUUCCAUGAUAUAAACUUGGACUCCAGGAUAAUGAGGGUUUAAAUUAUCCAGAUGCUCAUUCUUUGCUAGUGUCAUAUUUACAAAAUUUCGUAGUUUAGGCCUUUAAUUUAAAAAGCCUGACUUUAAAUACUGCCUGUGAGUAAAUCCUUGAAUAAAAAGAACAUGUGAAAAAUUGAGUGUAGCCUUUUGUUUGAAGUAAUUAGAUCCUUAGGGUGCCCACAGCCUGCCACUGGGCUUGUUGUGAGCCACACUUCCUGAGCACUCUGUAAUGAGAGUGAUGCUAACUCAGUGUAAGUCCGGAGAGGCAGGCCUGUGCGCUCAUUUCUCUACACUAGCAAGAUGGAUAGACUUGUUAAAACCUCACAUUAUUUCCCAGUAUCUCCUUAGAGGGGGGUAUCAUGUCUUCUGGCUACUGACAUGAAAACUUCUGGAUUGUAACUCAAAAGAUUUUCUUUUUUUGACUUUUAAUAUUUUACAUGAAAUUUUUGAAACAGACAUUAUAAAGAUGCAUUCAACAAGGACAUCAAACUUUGUGUGAAGCUUAGCAUUUAGCUUAAUAUACUUCCAUACAUUUGGAAAUGAGGAUGGCUAGAUGUAGGGAGAUCUAAACUAACUCCUGUAAGGUGACUUAGUCGCAGAGGGUUGUGGUUCAGAUUUGUGACCACAGCACUUGGGAGGUUGAGGCUUCAGCAACAAUAACAACAAAACUUAACAGACACAACAGUGUAGGUCAGUAGUGGGUUGGACUUAGCAGAAAUGUUUGCCUGACUAUAGUCUGUUAGGGACUAAAGGAAAGAGGAAACCAUUCAUUAUUCAUUCAUUCAUUCAUUCAUUCAUUCAUUCACCAGUUAUUUGUCAAAUAAAUAUCCUGUGCCAGAAUCUUGGAGCUAGAACAAUGGAUAAAAUAGGCUCUGUUUUUGUUUUCUUGAGCAUAACUGUCUCUUGAGGAUGACAGAUACCUUUGUGCUUUUUUGUGACAAGGCCUAGCUUUGUAUGCCAGGGUAGUUUAGAACUUACAGUCCUGACUCUGGCUUGGAAUGUGAAGUGAUCCUCCCGCCUCACCUCUGAGUACUGGGAUUCCAGGUCUGAGUUGCUCUAUGACAUAUGGUGAAAACCCAAAUACAUAUCACGUCUCAGAGAUGCGCGGUAGUUACAGCAGAGCUCUUGCUGUUGACGUUAGUUAGGGCAUUCUAAACAUGCACAGGGAAAGAAGUGUCAUGAAUUUUAGGUUCUAUUAAAGAGGGAGACAUCAGUGUGGCCAAAGAGGUCACCUUGAAGAGGUGUAACAAUGAGAUAAUACUUGGUUGCCGUUUUAGAAAGCCAGGGCCUUGUUAGAUCCAGGAAAGACCAUCCUGCCAGGCUGGAUUGCCAGCCCCAUGCUAUUGUGUGUUUGGGGGAGCAAGAAGAGGACAGUGUGGCUUCAGUGUCAGGGGUGGCACUAACACCAUAAGUCUGAGGACUGUUUUACCACCUAUAGCUUUGGGCUUUGGUAGCUGAGCUGAGUACUGACAGCUGUGUAAAGCAGGGCACCGAUUGUUCCUGGAGUGGCAGAAGGACUGUCGGUGAGAGCCUGUUCAGAGCCCUGUGUGGAAGUCCUUUUGUUACACACACACACACACACACACACACACACACACACACACA